GUUCAGCAGUUCAGAGUUGCGAAGGCGAAAACACACAUGGAAAGCGAUCUCAACAGUUUUACUUCCUGAGGCUGUUACUCCAAGGAGCUGUGUGUCCACAUGCAGGAUGAAGUGUGUCUUGGUGCUGUGUGUGCUGCUGCUGGUCUUCUCUGGGAAAGGUCUGAGUCGACGAAGAAGCAGACAAAAAGUAAAUAGUCUAGUGGUCCGAAACGAAACAAAAGCUCUGAUUUGUCCAGUGGAGGUAGCCUUCCUGGUGGACAGCUCUGAGAAAUCCAAGGCUCUUCUAUUCGAGAAGCAGUGCAGCUUCGUUAAGCGAUUCAGCACCAGGUUGUCUUUGUUGGACGCUCCUGGCUGGCGGCUACGUCUACGUCUGGCUGUGUUGCAAUACAGCAGCAGUGUCUCAGUGGAACACAACUUCCAAGGAUGGCAGGAUGUGGACGUCUUCCAAAGCCGAGUGUCGUCCAUGGUCCACAUCGGUCAUGGCACGUAUUUGGCCUACGCCAUCUCGAAUGCCACACAGCUUUUUACUCAGGAGACGACGGACAGUAGUGUCCGUAUCGCCCUGUUAAUGACAGACGGAGUGGAUCAUCCACGCAGCCCGAGCGCCGUUGCUGCUGCAGCCGAAGCAAAGAACAACAAUAUACACAUUUUCGUCAUUGGCUUGACGCGAGAUGUGCUAAGUGACACCAGGUUGAGGUCCAUCGCCAGCCCUCCACCACAUCAGCACCUUUUCAGCCUCGAGGAUGAUCAUCUUGACGAGAGGCUUUUCAGAGAGUUGAGCAUGGUGGUUAACACAGAAUGUCCGCAGCCCAAAUACUGUUUGUGUGAUAAAGGAGAGAUGGGUCCUGCAGGAAACCCGGGAAAACCAGGAAACCCAGGACAACCUGGCCUUCCUGGUUCCAAAGGAUCUAGAGGGGCACCUGGCUUAAACGGGCGACCGGGAAUAGAAGGCCGUGAGGGAAGACCAGGAGUAAGAGGUGAAAAGGGUGAGAGAGGCGAGUGCGGUGCAGCAGGGCUGAAAGGAGAGCAAGGUGCAGAAGGACCACCGGGACGACAUGGACCUCCAGGAGAGCAGGGUCUCAUUGGUGGUCCCGGAGAUCACGGUUCACCAGGUCCUGCUGGACCGAAAGGUGAACGAGGACCUCCUGGAGCUUCUGGCCCACCAGGAGACCAGGGGAUUGGCAUUCCUGGUCCAAAGGGAGAUCAGGGAUACCAGGGCAGACUGGGCCCUACUGGACCUGUUGGAAUAGGAGAGCCAGGACCACCAGGAACACCUGGACCACCAGGACUGCCAGGUAACCAGGGUUUUCCAGGCGAGGGUUUACCAGGACCUAAGGGGGACAGAGGCUUUCAGGGUCCGAAAGGUGUACCCGGGCCCCAAGGGAUAGGCAUCAAAGGUGAAAAGGGGAACGCUGGAGAUCCAGGACCACCGGGACUGAUUGGAUUCCCUGGAGCUGGGAUUCAGGGAGAAAAGGGUGAACAAGGGCCACUCGGGCCACCGGGCAUUAGAGGAACUCCUGGUCUGGGCAUUGUAGGUCCAAAGGGGGAUCAGGGCUUUCCUGGUAAACACGGACUUCAAGGAGAAAGAGGCGCAGGAGAACCUGGACCAAAAGGGGAGCCGGGAUCAGUUGGAGUGCCGGGAAUUCCUGGUAUCCCAGGAGAAGAUGGAGCUGUGGGACCCAAGGGCGAGAAAGGUUUACCAGGUCUGCAAGGUCCUGACGGUGCACCAGGAAAAGGGAUUCCAGGAGAAAAGGGCGAUCAAGGUGACCGAGGGAUUCGUGGUCUUCCAGGAUCUCCAGGACCUGCAGGACCAUCUGGGGCAAAGGGAGAACCGGGUAGUCCUGGGAUGUUGGGGAUGCCUGGGCCGGUGGGUUUUGGAUAUACUGGUCCAAAGGGUGAGCCUGGGCCUGUGGGUCCUCAGGGGGUGAUCGGAGAGCCAGGAGUUGGAAUCACAGGGCGAAAGGGUGACAGAGGAUCACCUGGACAAGCAGGACUACAGGGGCUGAAGGGAGAAGGUUACCCUGGGCAUCAGGGACUUCCUGGAUUGCCUGGAGUACCAGGAGAUAUUGGACCAGAAGGACCCGGACUACCAGGACCUAAGGGGGAGAGAGGUUCACCUGGGGUUCCUGGUCCACCCGGACCAACUGGGAUAGGACUUACAGGACCAAAGGGUGUGACUGGUCAUCCAGGUCCUCCCGGUCCUCCAGGCCCACCUGGUGAAGGCAUUCAGGGUACAAAAGGAGAGCCAGGGUUCCAGGGAAUACCAGGCCCCAGAGGCUUCACAGGAGAAGGUCUUCCAGGAAAUAAGGGUGACAGAGGUCUACGUGGUGAGCGUGGGAGAAAAGGAGACAGCGGAGAUUUCGGUGCACCUGGGCAACUAGGAGCAGCGGGAAAACCUGGUCAGAAAGGAGGUCCUGGUCUCUCUAGAGAGCAAGUGAUCAAGAUAAUCAGAGAAAUGUGUGGUUGUGGCCUGAGGUGCAGCGAGAGUCCCCUGGAGCUUGUUUUCAUAAUCGACAGCUCUGAAAGUGUCGGGCCUGAGAACUUCGAGCUUACAAAGGACUUUCUGAACGCCCUGAUAGACCGCGUGGCUGUGAGCCGUGAAGCCACACGUGUCGGAGUCGUAUUGUAUAGUCAUGUCCACAUGGUGGUGGUCAGUCUUCAGCAGCUGAUCGACCUCACCAGCAUUAAAGUGGCUGUACGCAACAUGCCCUAUCUGGGUGAGGGUACGUUUACCGGAAGUGCAAUCCGCGGUGCCACGCGGUUAUUCCAGGCCUCGCGGCACGGUGUGAGGAAGGUGGCACUGUUGCUUACAGACGGACAGGCUGACAGACGGGAUGCGGUGCGUCUGGAGGUUGCCGCAGAAGAAGCGCACACGGCCGAGAUCGAGAUGUUUGUAAUUGGCGUAAUAAAUGGCACUGAAUCAGGUUACACCCAGUUUCAGAGAGAGAUGAAGUCCAUCGCUUCAGAUGAAGAGCACGUCUUCCUUAUUCCUGACUUCAUGAGCUUGUCCAGCUUGGAGAGUAAAAUACUGAGUCGGAUCUGUGAGCUGGACGACGAUUCGGUUUUCAGCUCAAACAAGAUCAUUAGUUUCCCAGCUGGAAAUGUGCCUGAAGCUCCAGUAGGCUUUAGCACCCCCGUUCCAGAAACGGAUGAAACGCCAGCACCCGAAGAUGAUGCGAAUGAUUUUACGGCAGGGAAAAGUCUCCAGCCUCCUGCCGUACCCGCGGCGAGACAACGACCUCCUGCAAAUGUCCUGUUUGACCCCGAGGUCAGCUCACCUUCACAGAUUCACCCUCCACCAUUCCAAGGAGCAGCUGUUGGCUGUACCGAGGGUCUGGACCCCGGGCCGUGCAGGAGCUACGAGGUGAAGUGGUACUACGAUCGUUUGGCUAACGCCUGUGCGCAGUUCUGGUACGGUGGUUGCAACGGUAACAAUAACCGCUUCGAUACACACCAGAGCUGCGUGGACGCUUGUGUGAAAACGUGACAUGCCUCUGAAAACCUUAUCGGAUUUAAUACAAGAAAUGGGAAAAUAUGAAACAUUUUCUCUGGUUGAACUGUAAAGGAAAAAUUAUUUUUAAGAACUGUAAAUACAAAUUAACAAAUUGUUAGAUUUGCUUAGGAAAUGUAUAGUGUUUUUUAGUGAUUUGGAGUUAAUACACAAGAAGUAACACAUCAGUGUAGUCAUGUGAUGAUCCUCUGCACUUUUUUGUCUUUUUUUUUUGUUAACAUAAUAAACCAG